UGUAUUGUGUUUGUGUUUGUGCAUUUUGCAUGCACUUUCUCUCUCUAUAAAAACCUCUCUCUCUCUCUCUCCUCACUAUUUACGGUUACCAUGUUGUUUCAUUCCAUUCGUAUUCAACUUUUCAUAUUUUCUUCUUCUUCUUCUUCGAUUCAGUGUUAGUGUCGAAGUUAAACAUCAAUUGACGUCGACACGAUUGUCUAUGUGCAUGGUUUAUGGUUACAACAGCAUAUAGAAAACACUACACAGUUGUUUUUGUUUUUUUUAAGUGUGUGGUUUUGUCUUGCUGAAAUUUGAGUUGUUGGUUUUGGAAUUUUAGGGUUUUGAGUUUGAUUUGUUCUGGAUUCUGUUCAAUAUGGGGGUUGAAGUUUGCAUGAAUAGACUGUGUAAGGAUGGUUCGAGUGGUGAAUGGAAGAAAGGGUGGUCUUUGAUGUCCGGUGGAUUCGCAAAACUCUGCAACAAGUGCGGACUUGCCUAUGAGAAUUCAGUUUUCUGUGAUGUAUUCCACCGUCACGAAGCCGGUUGGAGGGAAUGCAGCAAUUGCAACAAGCCGAUCCACUGUGGAUGUAUAGUAUCAAGGUCUUUGUUCGAGUGCCUUGAUUACGGUGGUAUAGGCUGUAUUAGUUGCAUCAAGAUUUCCCAUUUUUGUCCGGAUACUGAAAAAUCUAAUAGGUUCACUCUAUCGACCAAAAACAAUGCGAGUGAUCGAUAUGCUGAACGUGCUGGCAAAGGAAACCUUUUGCAGUUGUGUAGAAGUGCUGAAGUUGGUGAGUCAAGCCGUUGGCCACACGCUCAAAGAGACGGCAAGGUUUCAUGCAAUGGUCCAAAAAGCGGAGAAGUUAAGUGUCGAUUCAACAAAGAGGAUCGAGGAUACUUAAAUGUGACGAAACAUUCUAGUCAUUUAUCGAGGCUUACUACAUCGGAAAGUAAUCGACCAACAUGGGAGACUAAAAAUAAUAUAGAUGAACUACUUUCGCUCAAGAUUUCUCUUUUUCAGCAAGAGCAAAAAUCUCACCCUUUAUUGGCUAAACAGACGAAGAAUGGGGUUUCCAUGAAUGUUGAAGCAAAUAAAGGUUUGAUUUCUCAUGAACGCGUUGGCCGGCCACAUGCUGAUCUGAAAGGAAAAAGUCAGUUACUUUCUCGAUACUGGCCAAGGAUUAGUAAUCAAGAAUUGGAGAAGUUGUCUGGAGAUUUGAAGUCUACUAUAGUGCCCUUAUUUGAGAAGGUGUUAAGUCCGAGUGAUGCAGGUCGAAUCGGCCGCCUUGUUCUCCCAAAAGCGUGUGCUGAGGCUUUUCUUCCUCCUAUUUCGCAAUCGGAAGGUGUUCCAUUACAGUUCCAAGAUUUGAAGGGGAACGAGUGGACUUUUCAGUUCCGGUUUUGGCCUAAUAACAACAGUAGGAUGUAUGUAUUGGAGGGCGUGAUUCCUUGCAUACAGUCGUUGCAAUUAAACGCCGGUGAUACUGUGACAUUUAGUCGGAUAGAACCUGGAGAAAAAUUUGUACUCGGUUUUAGAAGGGCUACGAAUUCUAUUGAUACACAGGAUGCCUCUGCAUCAGCUCAUUCAAACGGAGUUUUGUCGAAGGAUACAAAUUUUUCUGGUGCAACUAAGAUUCUGAACUCGUUAGGUAGUUUCUCUGAUCUUUUUCAAAAAAUGAAAGGUAACGGGGAACCGAACUUAAAUGGACAUUCAGAACGUCUGCGUUUGGGUAAUGGAAGUUAUGAUUGGCUUAAAACCUCACAUAAGGAGGCGGUGAUAAACAGCGAUCCAUUGCAACAACUGGUUUCUGUUUCAGAAAAGAAACGGACUCGUAAUAUUGGGCCGAAAACUAAGAGGUUGCACAUUCGUAGUGAAGAUUCUAUAGAGUUGAGACUUACAUGGGAAGAAGCACAAGACUUUCUUUGUCCUCCGCCAUUUGUCAAGCCAAAUCUCGUGACAAUCGAGGACCAAAUAUUCGAAGAAUAUGAUGAACCACCGGUGUUUGGGAGGAGAACUAUAACCAAUACUUGUCAAUCUUCUGCAUCAGAGCAGCUCAGUCCAAAGGAAAAAGAAAAUCUUCCGCGAACCAGAAAAGUUUCUAAAAAGAGAAAAACUGGCGAAAAGAGUAAGUCAUUUGAACUCGACAACCUUUCAAGCCUAGAAGCUCUUGCAAGCGCAGCAAUUUUCGGAGACAAUCAUGCUGAACUCGGAGAAUCAUCAUCAGCCGGAGCCACCACCAAACAUCCGAGGCAUCGUCCUGGAUGCAGUUGCAUCGUAUGCAAUCAACCACCAAGCGGACAAGGAAAACAUAAGCCAACAUGCACUUGCGUCCCCUGCGAGACUGUGAAGCGCCGGUUCAAUACCUAUAUGAUGCGUAGGAAGAAAAACCGAUCAGAAUCUUCUGAAGCAGCUGCUUUCCAAAACGAUCAAAUGAAUCGUAUAGACGAAGCAGAUACAAGUAGCAGUGCAUCAGGACAAGAUACAAGCCACUCAUCGGACGAAGGAAGCCUAAAUGAAGAUCAGCUCGAGGCCAUUGAGCCGAAUGCGGCGGGACAGUUAGAUCUGAAUUGUCAUCCGAAUCACGACGAUAUGGAAACGGAUACAUAUAACAAGCCAGAUUAUGACUAACUAGUCAUCAUGAAAGAACUGCAAGGGAAUAUAUGAAAUUAGUCUUAAACUUAAUUCUCAACCGAAGUUUAGAUUACAUUCAUUUUCAUCUUCUUUAGGUAGUUUCAUACCAAUUUUA